AUGUCGCCGCCAAAACAAACUUUGCCGACCGGAGACGCUUCCCUUUCCGGCCAAUUCGGCCCGCACCCUAGGUCGACGAUCAAAGAAGAAGACCUGGUGCAUAUUAAGUUCCUCUGUGGCCUCUCGUCGGAGGCGGACCUUAUUGCUCCGGGGCCUGAUCUAUCGCCGGAAGACCCACCCCCCGGGUACUGCUGCGCCUACGAGAUCUUUUUCUCGAGGUGCGGCCUAUACUUUCCGUUACCGGAACUGUUGGUGAAGGCGAUGUUCGCACUCGGCAUCACCCUUCCUCAACUGUGCCCCAAUUUCGUCCGAACUAUCCUCUGCCUCCAGACCCUAGCCGAGGAGCACGGCUACCUUCUAACCUUCCAGGACAUCCUCCACCUUUAUACAAUAAAGAGUGGCCGAACUAGAGGUACCUUCUACCUCAGUCCGCUGGCGGGGUUCCGGGUUUUUGAUGACUUCCCGGAAAAGGACGAGCAAUACCGAAGUGAUUACUUCUUCUUCCUAGUGAACCGGGACACCUUCGGCGAUCUACAAGAGCUGCUUGUUCCGCACUGGUCCCAGAAACCUGCUUCCCUCGACCGCGGGCUGCUGUCUCAAACCUUCGCGGACUACUUUACUACGUUCUGUGGCGCCGAGACCGCUUGGGACUCCUUCACCUGCCCCCGAAUUCGAGAGGCCGGUGCCCGUAUUCGCACCCGAUUUCUUACUGUCUCCUCCCCGCAGUCCGCUCCCCCCAAUAUGAACUACCGCGAAGAGAGGGCUCAUAAGAAAAAGAUGGAGCUGAAAGAAAAGGAGCUGAAGAAGAAAAUGGUUGCCGCGCUGGCGGAUGCCAAGGUGAAGAACUCUUCGAAGGAGAAGUCCUCCAGCUCGGUAGCUCCCCCAGAGGGCGGAGAUCGGGAAGUGAUUACACUUCCUGAUAGCGACGUAAGCACCGAAUCUCCUGCCGCCCGUCCGACCCCGGGAGAUGGCCAGGCCAGCGAGCCGAAGAAACGGAAGGCCGCCGAACCUGCGCGCCCAGUACGUGCGAGCUCAAGGCUCCGUACCGAGGAGAAGCCCGCUGAGACCCCUGCCUCGAAAGGCUCUUUACCUGCGACCCCGAGUCCUGUUGACCCGAAAGCGACCCCGAUGCGCGAACUCCCGGGUAAAUUACCUGUUACGAGGCUCUUUGCCUUCUCUUUAUCCAAACCACUUCGGUCUAACACUAAUGCCCUAUUUGCAGCCCCGCCGAAAUCCUUAGCCGACAUGAUGCGGAGCUUCAGCCGACCUGGAGCUCGAGUUCCCGCCUUCAAGGACAUGUCCACGAACAACCGGGAGGACUACUUCCGCUUCGCUGAGAAAGUUGGCGAGAUGUUGUUCGAAUUCAACAGCUCGGUGGCUCAUUACGAAGAGCAACUCUUCGUCACCCCCUCAGCCAGCGAGAUAGGAGUUCUACAAUCCCGGAUCUCUGACCUCGAAAAGGAGGUAAAGAAGCUCAGGUCCUCGGAAGCUUCUAACCGCGCUGAAGUGGAGAAGGCGGUUAAGUUCAACAAGAGGCUCAGAACCGUUGAGGGCGACCUGCAGAUCGCCGAAUCAUCCCUGGAGACUUGCCAGGACAAGCUCAUAUUGGCCGGCGAGCUAUACCUAAAGGCGACCACUGCCGAAACGGAGGCGAGGCAAGAGCUUCAGGAGGUCAAACUUCGGAACCAGCUUUUGGAAGCGGGUAACAGCUCCGAGAUGGAGAGGGUGAGGAGAGAGGAGCGGAGGAAGACGCGGGCUGAGCUUCGGAGCACGAUCGAUCAGAUCGGGGAACACCUCGUGGAGCACGACCGUAUGAUUCCCCAUGCGAUCCGGGCUGCUGAGAUCACCGCCAACCGAAUGCUGGUGGAGGAGAUCGAGAGGGGCGAAAUCGCCGAUCUGAAGGAGGAACUUGAAACUCUGAAGGCUGACGAACUAGCUGCCAAUCUUGAGGCCGAAAAGGUAAAGAAUUUAUCUUUUGACCCUUCAUCCUUCACCGCUUUACUAGCGGACUCUCCCCCCGAACUCGGGCCAGAUCCUGCUCCAACCACCCUGAUGAUUGAGGAACCCGCUACUGACCCUCCUGCUGUUCCGAACCAGGAACUGGAAGCGAUCAAACCGGGCCUUAGCAAGGAGGUGCGUGAAAUGUCCACCCCCGAGAGUGGUGGAGCUCCCGUAGGUGAAACGGCCGGCCUCUCGUCAGCUCGCUUCGGGGAUCACACCGCGGACCCCGAACUCAAUUAA